AUGAUGGCAACGCUGAGCCUGGAGCCCGCGGGCCGCAGCUGCUGGGACGAGCCGCUGAACAUCGCCGUGCGCGGCCUGGCCCCCGAGCAGCCCGUCACGCUGCGCGCCGCCCUGCGCGACGAGAGAGGCGCGCUCUUCCAAGCCCACGCGCGCUACUGCGCCGACCCCCACGGCGAGCUGGACCUGGCGCGCGCGCCCGCGCUGGGCGGCAGCUUCGCGGGGCUCGAGCCCAUGGGGCUGCUCUGGGCCAUGGAGCCCGAUCGGCCUUUCUGGCGCCUGAUCAAGCGCGACGUGCAGACGCCCUUCGUGGUGGAGCUGGAGGUGCUGGACGGCCACGAGCCCGACGGCGGGCGGCUGCUGGCGCGGGCGGUGCACGAGCGUCACUUCAUGGCUCCCGGGGUGCGGCGCGUGCCCGUGCGCGAGGGCCGUGUGCGCGCCACGCUCUUCCUGCCUCCAGAACCUGGACCCUAUCCUGGGAUCGUGGACCUUUUCGGAGUUGGAGGUGGCCUUCUGGAGUAUCGAGCAAGUCUGUUGGCGGGAAGGGGUUUUGCUGUCUUGGCUCUGGCUUAUUAUAACUACGAUGACCUACCCAAGGGCAUGGAUGCCAUGCGCUUGGAGUACUUUGAAGAAGCCGUGAACUACCUGCUCAGUCACCCUGAGGUGAAAGGUCCAGGAAUUGGGCUGCUUGGGAUUUCCAAAGGGGGUGAACUUGGCCUUGCUAUGGCCUCCUUCCUGAAGGGCAUCAAGGCUGCUGUCUUCAUCAAUGGCUCUGUGGCCGCUGUUGGGAACACCAUAAACUACAAGGAUGAGACUAUCCCUCCUGUGUCUUUUCUGAGAGAUCGAAUCAAAGUAACCAAAGAUGGCCUCUUGGAUGUUGUGGAAGGGCUUCAAAGCCCUUUGGUAGAGACGAAGAGCUUCAUCCCUGUGGAAAGGUCUGACGCCACCUUCCUGUUCCUUGUGGGUCAGGAUGACCGCAACUGGAAGAGCGAAUUCUAUGCCAAUGAGAUCUCCAAACGCUUACAGGCCCAUGGGAAGGAGAAGCCCCAGAUCAUCUUAUACCCAGAAGCGGGGCACUAUAUUGAGCCCCCUUACUUCCCCCUGUGCAAGGCUGGCAUGCACGUCAUGGUGGGUACUAAUAUCAUCUUUGGAGGGAAGUCUAAGCCUCAUGCCAUGGCCCAAGUGGAUGCGUGGCAGCAACUCCAGACUUUCUUCCACAAACACCUGGGUAGUAAGAAUUAGGGGUGUACAGGCUGGAAAGAUGGCUCAGCCAUUAAAGGCUAGGCUCACAAACAAAAAUAUAAG